AUGAGUUCAGUUUUAAACUCAGUGGAAGCUAGAGUCACUGCUGAGAUGAAUGAGCAACUGCUUUUGCCGUGUGAAGAUGGGGAAAUCAAAGCAGCUUUAUUUCAUAUGUGUCCUUCAAAAAGCCCCGGCCCGGAUGGUGCUAGCUUUGAAAAUGCCAACCUCACUCACUUAUGCCUCAUUCCAAAGAUCAAAGAGCCAAAAGAAGCGAGUCACUUUCAACCAAUUACUCUAUGCAAUGUCCUCAUUAGAAUUGCCUCCAAAGUGGUAGAAAAUAGACUCAAAUGUCUAUUACCUGACAUUAUUUCUCCAUUACAAAGUGCUUAUGUCCCUGGCAAGUUAAUAUCGGAUAACACUUUAAUUGCUACAGAGGUAGCCCACUUUAUGCAUGCGCUUCGGAAACAACAAGAAGGUUUCUUCUCCUUGAAGUUGGAUAUUUCAAAAGCUUAUGAUAGGCUAGAGUGGCAUUUUCUUGAAGCCAAGUUGUUGAAUCUUGGUUUUGCCCAAGCUUGGGUCACUCAGAUCAUGCUUGGUGUCACUUCUGUCCAAUACUCCAUCUUACUGAAUGGCAAACCCACUGAAGUCAUUUCUCCCUCUCGAGGUAUUAGGCAAGGGGAUCCAUUAUCACCUUACUUAUUCAUUCUGUGUGCAGAAGGGCUCUCAUCCCUCAUCUCUAAAGUUGUAGCAGAUUACACUAUAAAGGGUUUGAAAUUAAGUCCUCAAGCUCCAAUUCUGCAUCAUCUGUUUUUUGCAGAUGAUAGUUUUAUUUUUGGUGCAGCCGAGGCAGAUGAAUGUCAGAGGUUUAGAACACUCCUCAACAUGUAUGAAAGUGCUUCUGGACAAAAAAUAAAUUAUCAGAAGAGCAGUGUGGUUUUUAGAAGAAAUGUCUCUCCUGAGAAUCAAAGUGAGUUGGCUGCUAUUCUACAAGUCCAACUAUCAACUGAACAUGACAGGUAUCUAGGUCUUCCUCUUCGAGUUGGAAAAUCCAAAACUCAAAUUUUUGCGUACAUCAAAGAAAAGCUCUCAAACAAGUUACUUGGUUGGAAAGCAAAACUUCUCAGUGUUGCAGGCAAAGAGGUUUUAAUCAAGGCAGUAGCUCAAACUAUGCCACUUUAUGCUAUGAACUGUUACUUAUUGCCAAAGACCCUUUGUGAAGACAUUCAUCAGCUAUGUGCAGCAAUGCUAGCUAAACAAGCAUGGAGGCUGGUUAAAUUCCCAAACUCUCUGGUGGCUCAGGUUUUUAAAGCUAGGUACUACCCGUACUGUUCAUUUUGGGAAGCUCAACUUAGUGAGCAUCCUUCCUUUUCUUGGAGGAGUAAUUUUCAGAGCAGACCUGUCUUGCAAGCAGGUAUACAAUGGAAAAUUGGAGAUGGUGCUCAGAUUAAUAUUUGGAAUGAUGCCUGGAUACCAAACUGCCCCAAGUACCUAAUUCACAAACCAAAUUCAUGUCAACUGAAUCUAGUUCAAGACCUCAUUGAUCCUCAGUCCAGAACUUGGAAUAAUGUAAAGGUACAACAAUGCUUCCCUAAUGCUAUCAGUAAAAAAAUAUUGUGCAUUCCAUUGAGUAAUACAGUUAUAGCUGAUCGACUUACCUGGAAACAAGAAAGAAGAGGUAAUUAUUCAGUCAAAACUGCUUAUUGGAUUGCAAGAGCUAUUGUCAUGCCAAAUGCUCUUGCCUCAUCUUCUUCUGGUGAUCCAUUUGAACCUCUCUGGAAGAAAUUGUGGCAAUCGAAAAUUCCAGGUAAAGUACUCAUUUGUGCUUGGAGAGCAUGUAAUAAUAUUUUGCCCACUAGAGCUCGCUUAACCAUAAAAGGUUAUACUGGUCCAGUGAAGUGUGUCUCCUGCCCUCAUUGGUAUGAAGAUAUUGCUCAUAUCAUGUGUGCUUGUCCCUUAGCAAAAGACAUUUUAUCCAGGGGGCCUCUCAAGCUAUCUGCUAUCUGGUCACCUAUUUUUGACUUUAAAGAAUGGAUGCUUGAACAAGCAUUGUCUCUCUCAACUGAAAAGUUUGCAAAAUUGCUGAUGGUAAUAUGGGGUUUAUGGAGAAACAGGAAUAAUACUUUUUGGUCCCAAAAACCCCAAUUUGCAGCUGAUAUUUUGUGUGGUACUAUGGCUUGGUAUUAUGAGUUUGUGGAAGCUACUAAACCUCUUGUUCCAAAGAAAAAUCAGCAAACCAGACCUAGAUGGAGUCCACCAGCAGUCGGAGUCCUAAAACUAAAUGUUGAUGGAGCAUUUCUGCAUAACAAUACUGAUGGUGGUAUUGGUGGCAUUCUCAGAAAUUCACAUGGUCAUGCCAUUGCUGCUUUCGCUUAUCAUCUCACAAAUGUCACUUCUCCAAAGCAAGUUGAAUUGGAAGCAAUUCGAACUGGUUUACAAUGGAUGCACAAGCUGGGAUAUCAUGACUAUGAGAUUCAAACAGACUGCCAGCUUGUUGUUCAAGACAUUGUGGCCACAGACUUCUUGCUAAUGGAGUAUGGUAAUAUUCUAGCUGACAUUCAUGUUGCUCUUAAUAGAAUGAGAAAUGUCAAGAUCACCUUUGCUGCUAGAACUACAAAUUGUGUAGCUCAUAGACUAGCUAGUUUUGCUUUUGAACAAUCGAAUCAGCUUGAAUGGCUGGAUUCUAUGCCUAUCAUGCUUAGAGAGGUUCUAAGGUAUGAUUGUACCAACAUAUGA